UGCAGAAAUGAUUGCGGCUAUCAGUCUCGAGCUCACCGCCUGGCUGAGGAGGUGAAAGUUUCUCCACAGGAAGAUAAACCGCAAAAGACAAUAUUGUGCAUGAUUUGCGUUCGCAGUUAACGAACGGGAGAGGGGAGAAAGGCGUCCUCAAAAUUUAUAUUGAACGGAGUUACUAAGCUAUCGUACAGUAAGUAACAUCACAGAAAAGCAGUGGUGAGAAUUUUGAUUUUUCCCAAGUCGUUUCAGCGGCAAAAAAGAUGCUUCUGGACGCGGGACCACAGUACCCUACCAUAGGAGUGACUACCUUCGGAUCCUCUAGACAUCACUCAACAGGCGAUGUCACCGACAGAGAAGUGGGGUUGGGGAUAAAUCCAUUUGCUGAUGGGAUGGGCGCUUUUAAAAUCAACCACAGUACCCACGAUCUUGCAUCUGGUCAAACGGCUUUUUCAUCCCAGGCGCCGGGGUACGCAGCGGCAGCGCUGGGGCAUCAUCACCACCCCUCUCAUGUCAGCUCUUAUUCCACCGCAGCUUUCAAUUCCACUCGGGACUUUCUUUUCCGAAAUCGGGGAUUUGGUGAAGCAGCCAGCGCCCAACAUAGCCUGUUUGCCUCUGCCGCGGGAAGUUUUGCGGGGCCCCAUGGACACACAGAUGCUACUGGACAUUUGCUUUUCCCGGGACUUCACGAGCAGGCGACAACUCACGCGUCUCCCAACGUUGUUAACAGUCAAAUGCGAUUAGGCUUUUCCGGAGACAUGUAUGGCAGAGCAGACCAGUACAGCCAGGUAACAAGCCCCAGAUCAGACCACUAUGCUUCGACCCAGCUACACAGCUACGGACCCAUGAACAUGAAUAUGGCUGCACACCAUGGGGCAGGGGCCUUUUUUCGUUAUAUGAGGCAGCCAAUAAAGCAAGAACUUAUCUGUAAAUGGAUAGAACCUGAACAGUUGACAAACCCGAAAAAGUCUUGUAACAAAACUUUUAGCACAAUGCACGAACUAGUAACUCACCUCACAGUGGAACAUGUGGGGGGACCAGAGCAAGCCAACCAUAUCUGCUUUUGGGAAGAAUGCGCACGAGAAGGAAAGCCAUUUAAAGCCAAGUAUAAGCUUGUAAAUCACAUACGAGUCCACACAGGUGAAAAACCUUUUCCUUGUCCAUUUCCUGGCUGCGGUAAAGUGUUUGCCCGAUCAGAAAACCUAAAAAUCCACAAAAGAACGCACACAGGUGAAAAACCAUUUAAGUGUGAGUUUGAAGGCUGCGACAGGCGGUUUGCGAACAGCAGCGACCGAAAGAAACACAUGCACGUCCAUACCUCUGACAAACCUUAUCUGUGCAAAAUGUGCGACAAAUCCUAUACUCACCCCAGUUCUCUCAGAAAGCACAUGAAGGUUCACGAGUCGUCUUCUCAAGGACCCCAGCCUUCUCCAGCAGCAAGCUCUGGUUACGAAUCAUCCACCCCACCAACAAUCGUGUCUCCUUCAACAGAAAACCAGAGCAGCAACUCCAUAUCCCCUGCAUCAUCAACAGUCCAUCAUACGUCCAGUCACACAACGCUCUCGUCAAAUUUUAAUGAAUGGUAUGUUUAAAACUAUUUAAACAAACAAGACUGCAGAUCCAUGACUGCUUGGAGUCAAAGACUAAAGCCGCCCAUAAAAGUGGACCGAAAAAAUCCAGAAGAAACCAAAUUUCUUUGUAAAGGCUGUGUAACAUAAAGAGGUACGCAAUGCAUGGACGGGGUGCCUUUAGGCCAAAUGUCAAGUUUAUAGGGCUUCAAGAACUGCGAAUGAGAAAGAGGUCUCAAAUUGCAUGUAUCCGCUGGUAGCGGCCUGUUCUGUAAAUAAAGAUUUAUUAGUUUAAAUAUGUAAUGUUUUAUUUUGUAAAUAGUUAUAUUACAGUUUAAAGGACUUUGUGAAAAUGUGGUCUCUAGGUUUAUGGGAAGGGGAGAUGGUUUAUAAUUAAGCAAAGCGGUUACUAGUCCUGAAUGAAAAGAAUGUUAUAGUCAAUGUGUACCAAAUGUGAAUUACUCUGUAUUACUACAGUCUACACGUCGACCUAAUCAAAUACCAGUAUUAAUGUGCUUUUGUAUACAGUGCAGACAUUUCGUUCCAAAGUCCAGUCUAAGUAGUGAAGUAAACUGUUGUUAAAUGUUAUGUCGAUAAAUCGUAUAGUGAAAGCCUGAAACUCCGUGUCAAUCUGUUUAUGUAAUAAGUGAUAUAAAAGGCAAAAAUAUUAUUAAUAAUAAAACUGUUCAAUACAGUGGCAAUUGCAAGAAAUGACUAUAUGUAUAUAAUUUCAUUUUACAUAUUUAUCCGCAUGUAAAGAGCCGGUAUCUCAUGUUAGAAUAUUCGAUAUUUAUGGGAAAUUACGUUCGUAUGAAAAAAAAAAUAGUUUACACAAAGAAAAAAAAAUGUUUGGUUACGUUUUAUCCAGUAUUAAAGACAUAAAUACAACAAUACUGCAUUUAGCAUGAUUUUUAAGCCAAUAGACCGAAAGCAGUGCAUUAUUUUGUAAUUUAACAUUUUAUUGUGGGUUCUGUUGACUCGUCUCUCUAUUAUAUAAAUUUGAUGACAACUAGAAUCCCUGCUGCUACUGUUAUGGUACGCAUUUAAUAUUUAUAUCACGUUUUAUGAAUGAACAAAAAAAACAGAGCAAUAUAAUUUAACUUAAAAUUGAAAACAAUAACCAACAGACAAAAAUAAAAAUAAGGAAUUUAUGUGAGAUGCUAGUAAAACUACUACCAUAAUUUAAACAAUUAGAAAAAGAAGGUUUAUAUUGUCUGAAAUGUGUAAUGCUACACUAAAUAUACUACGGUGUUAAAGUAUGGGUAACAGUAAAGCGUAUUGUUGGGACUUUGCCAUAAUACUGAAUCUGGUUUGUUAUAUGGUAUAUAAAUGAUAGCUUAUAUGCGAUCAUUAUUGUUUAUCAAGAUCCGUGUCUUGUUUAAUAAUGUUUUUUUAUGAUUUUUUCAUCUUAAUUAUCUCUUUGACCGUAUAUUAUUGGUUUUCUACAAAAUCAAAUUUAGUAAAACAAAUUAUUUUGUGUAA